AUGCUAUCCAGCUUCAUCGCCAACCUCUCCAGGCUUCAUCAGAACGCCCCCUUUCCCCCAGUACUAUCGACACGGCAGCCGCCGAUUCUGUCCCAAAUGUCACCAACAUUUCUCCACCUUAAAUCAGCGCCCACGGAGGGUGAUCGAGUUGGGUACAACUGCGAUUCCGACCAGCUCACAUCGCUGGAGACCGCUGGGGAACUGGAGGAGCAUGAAUUGCAGUCCACCAUCGCCGGAGGUGCUCUCUCCUCGCUCAUCAACAUGACUUUCUCGAAGAUGCUCACUCUGGCCGAGGCUAAGACAUUAAAAGGUAAGUAG